AUGUAUGAAAAAAGGAGGAUGUGGGCUGCAUCGCAUAUGCGUGGCAACUUUUUUGCUGGAUUUCGCACAACAUCCCGUUGUGAGGGUCUUCAUUCCAAAAUUGGGAAGUUUGUUAAUUCAAGGUGUAAUAUAACAGAGCUAAUCCAACACUUAUGCAGGUUGAUGAAUCAUAUUACGUAUAAAGAAAUUGAGGCUGACUUUAAUUCAUCUUAUGGUGAGGCUGUGUUGGAGACUAAAUUCCAAAAUCUUGAGAGGUCUGGUGCCAAUGUCUUUACAAGGGAGAUAUUCUCCAUGUAUCGUGCUGCACUACAUAGGUCAGGAGAUUCCAUUGUUGUAGGCUACAAAGAAACAUCCAGCCAGUAUAUAUUUUUGGUUUCAAAAUAUCGUGGUUCUGGACGUGAGUGGCAUGUCUCAUUUCAGCCGUCUACAUUUUUUUUCCAAUGUGCUUGCAAAAGGAUGGAAUCCAUGGGUCUUCCUUGUCACCAUGUACUUGCAGUCCUUGUUUAUCUUGAUGUCUGUGAAUUGCCAAAAUGUCUAGUCCUGCAGAGAUGGACAAAGUUUGCAAAGGAUGAUGUGGACAAGAAUGCAAUGUUAGGAUCAAAACAAUUGGAUUCCUUCUUGAUUAGUAGGUAUGGUGCCUUGAUGAGUCAAUACAGGGAAUUAGCCUCAUUUGCCUGUCGUAGGCUUGAAGAUUUUCAUAAUGAAAGAGAUCGAGCGACAAAAGCUGUGCAAGAAUUGAAGUCAAGGGCAAUCAAGGACUGUGAUGAAGAAGUUGAUGAUUUGGGUAAUUCCUUUAUUGGCCUUAAAGAUCCUAAUGUUGUUAGGACUAAAGGUACUGGUUGUCCAGGUUCGUCAAGUGCAGCUCGCAAAAACAAAGGCAACAAGAGGAAAGGGAGUAGGAAGUGCUCACAAUGUCACCGAUAUGGUCAUAAUAAAACUACUUGCAAGACUGCAACUAAAGCACGCCAGAUGACAAAAAAUACUGAUGCGGAGACUGUGCCUACCCAAGAAGAAUCAUAUGCAAAUGUUGGGUAG